GUACACCAAAGAUGCUGGUAUUCACCAGAGUGGAUUUUAGAGAGGCACAAGUGAUCACGUACACAUUCGGACUGAUAUAUAUGUACAAUCUAAAUAUGCACCCAAGAAGCUGUAGCUUCACAAUGGGACGGAAAUCCUGACAUAUGAUGCCUUGCUCAAGGUCGUGACUAUCUUGACAGAGCGUUAUGGUUCGGUGCUCAAGAAACGCAAUCGCGAGCUCUGGUUGCGUGAGCUGUAUCGAAGUCUCUCCGUGUACGACAAGGGCGUGCGGUCGAGUGUCUUGGAUAGGGAAAAACAAGGCUUCAGUAGUUGCUAUGUUGCUAUCAUUUUAGCCGAGAUUUCGCCGUUAUCGUUUCCGGUCACGCCUCGCUUGAACGCACAACCGAUUUCGAGAACUUCUCUCGACCGACAACACGCCGCCGACACACCCAACCUUUUUCCCGCCAACGACUCUCGAUAAUCCGCUACAAUGGCCUCCAAACGCGGUUCCGCCUCUGGCAACAAGCUCAAGAUGACCCUCGCUCUCCCUGUCGGCGCCGUCAUGAACUGCGCGGACAACUCGGGAGCCAGGAACCUGUACAUUAUCUCCGUCAAGGGUAUCGGUGCGCGUCUGAACCGUCUCCCGGCUGCCGGUGUCGGUGACAUGGUCAUGGCCACCGUCAAAAAGGGAAAACCUGAGCUCAGGAAGAAGGUCAUGCCCGCGGUCGUCGUCCGACAGAGCAAGCCCUGGAGACGGGGUGACGGUGUCUUCCUAUACUUCGAGGACAAUGCUGGUGUGAUUGUCAACCCCAAGGGUGAAAUGAAGGGCUCUGCCAUCACUGGCCCUGUCGGAAAGGAGGCUGCUGAGCUCUGGCCGCGUAUUGCCAGCAACUCUGGUGUCGUGAUGUGAGGUAUUUCUUUUCCAGCUCUUCUCAACAUUCAU